AUGAUACUCUUCCCGCUGUCUGCUGUUCUCAUACUUUCCAUCGUAGCUGUCCAAGCAGAAAUAGGUUAUGAUCAAACCGAUGAACAGUCAACACCUGCACCAGUGAUCAAGAAAGAAACAUCUGUGAUCAAGUUUCUCGAGACGCCACUGGACAUCAAUAUCACUGAUGGGAAGCCAGUUUAUUUGAGCUGCACUGUAUUUUCCACAUCGUCGGUGGUAAUUGAAUGGGAUGUUAAUUACAUUACAAUCCAGGGCGAACCCGAUCCAUUUAAUGAAUACCAAAUAUUGAACGUAGGAAAAAAGCAAAAUGAAGAAUUUAAGACGACCAGCAUUCUAAAACUCUGCAAUCCUCGAUCUGGGCGUUACACAUGCACUGCAUCCAACAAUUUCAACAACAUCAGUACAAGCAUAGAACUUGAAAAUAUGAGUGAAGAAUGCAAAGAUGACAAUCCAUGGAAACCUAACAUUUAUGAAUACACUCCGUGGGUUAAGGAAUUCUAUGGAAGGUCUGUUACUCUUCGCUGCAAAAGUGAAGGAUACUUCGUUGAUCGGAGUUGGUCCCGCAACCGUCGAAAAAUCGAAGUAAUCCGUCCAAAAUACGAAGUGAAUUCCGACGGCUCGCUUGUUAUCCAUGACCUUGAUGAGAAAGAUGAAGGAAAUUAUACCUGCUCUGCCAGUAAUGAUUUUGGACAAGAUACAAAAAUGACGGUUGUGUCAAAAGGACCAAAAUGUAAUUUGUAA